ACAAAGAUUAUCUGAUGGAAGUUCAGGCAUUACCUUCCAUGAACUGCUUCAGACUGAGGCGUGGCUGUCCAUAAAAAGGAGCUGCAGGUGACCGCUGCAUCUGUGUAUCUGCUCUCCAGCUCACAGGUUUGACGUUUUGAAAUGUUUAGACACGGCCAAGGAGGACACUGUCCUCAAGGAGGCCAUGGCCAUGGACAUAGUGAUGGCCAUGGACACGGUGGCCAUGGACAUGGUGGCCAUGGACAUGGCGGAGGCCACGGCCACGGGCAUUGCCAUGGACAUGGACAUGGACCCAAACGCAAGCACAAGCACAAGCGUGGCCACAAGCAUGCUAAGUGCCACAAGAAGGGGAAGGACUCUCAUGGGUCCUCCAGCAGCUCCUGCAGCAGUGACUCUGACUAGAUGAAGAUUUCUUCAUGAAACAGGCUGUCACCUGGAAACCUUCCUCCUCUUAGCUUAUACCUUAACCUGUUUAUUUUAUCACCUAAUGACUCAAACUAUAUUUGGACUAAGACACAAGCUUUUGACAGAACAUAUGUACAGCACAUUCUGGUCUGGUAUAAAUAUCUGAUGGAAUAAAUUUCACAAAGUGAAAGCAAAGAUGGCUGGAUUCUCUCUACGCAGCUUCAGCCGUUCUCUCUUCUUACCAAUGGGACAUUUCAGGUUUUUUUCCUUUUAAGUCAUGGCACUGUCCUAUGGUAAAUGGGCAUGAAACAACUUUUGUGAAGAAUUCUUAAGUGAUUAUGACAAAUUUCAAAUGAUGUUGACUGAGGUUUUGCUUGCAGAAAAAUUAAAGAAUCCUGGGCAACA